CAGCUCGGCCGGUAUCCCGCGCUCGCCAGCGCUCGUUGCCCAGCGCCUCAGCUCUCGUUCCACAACGCACGCCACGUAUCGGACGAGAGCCGCUCGGCGGCGUCGCGUCGAGAUGGAGUGGUCCAAUGACCUGUCUUUGCAGCUGAUAGAGGCUUACCGCGAUCGGCCCGUUCUUUGGGACGUCAGCCACAACUAUUACAAGUUGGCCAACCGUCGCAACGAGGCUUGGGCUGAGAUCGCCAAGCUCUUCAACUGCGACGUCAUGGAGGUGAAGAAGAAGAUGAAUUCGCUACUGUCGUCCUUCCGCCGAGAACGACAGAAGGAGGGGCUGCGGCGCUCGGGCACCGGCCCGGAGGAGGUGUAUCACUCCACGUGGUUCGCUUUCAACAGUCUCAAAUUCCUGUUUGACAGAUACCGGCCUCGCCGCCACAGGCACAACUUUGAGGAUGACGACGGUGACUACGAGGGAGAGGACUUCAUUACGGACGAGGAACCGGACAUCCCGACGGACGUUCUGAAGAUGGAGUACAGCGAGGAUAGCCCGGUGGCGGGAGACAGCGCUGUGCUGGAGCGGUUCUCGGCGGACGGCGACAAGAAGCCUGCGCUGAAGCGCAAGCGCGGCUGGUCGGAGGAGACGCGGCUGGCGGACGCGUGCGGCCUGCUCAAGGCGGCGGUGACGGCGGGUGCAUUGGCGCGGGACGAUUGCGCCGUCUACGGCGAGCACGUGGCCAACAAGCUGCGCGCGCUCGACCACCGCACGCGCGCCAUCGUGCAGCACGCCAUCAACAACGUGCUGUUCGAGGCGGACAUGGGCAAGUACAGCGAGGCGGGCGCGCCACACUUCCAGCCGGCGUACUACGAGUGCGCCACCCCUGCCGGCUUCCCGCCCGCCUGGGCGCCGCCCACGCCGCAGCCCCAGCAGGCCGCCGCCGCCGCGGCCGCCGCCGCCGCCAUGAUGUGCCCGCCGCCGCCUCCGCAGCAGGCGCCGGCCGGCGCGCAGGCGCACGCGUCGCCCACCGCCGCCUCUCAGCCCCCGCACCAGAGUCCGCGCGCCUGA